AUGACUGACCCUGCUGCCGAGCCCGUCCUCGAGGUCGAUAGUUCGCUCGACAGCGACUCGGCCACGGGGUCCGACAUGGAAAGCUACUCGACGUCGCUGGCGUCGUCGGUCCAGGACUACAAGAUUGAGCACGGUCGCCGCUUCCAUGCCUACCGCGAGGGCGCCUACCAUUUCCCCAACGACGACAAAGAGCAGGACCGGCUGGACAUGGUGCACCAAAUGCAGAUGCUUGCUAAGGACGGCAAACUGUUCCUCGCCCCGCUAUCCGCCCCGCCAAAGCGCAUCCUCGACGUCGGCACCGGCACCGGUAUCUGGGCCAUCGAGGCCGGCGACGCGUAUCCCGACGCCGAGAUCAUCGGCAACGACCUGUCUCCCAUCCAACCGCACUGGGUCCCCCCCAACGUCCGCUUCGAAGUCGACGACGCCGAAUCGACCUGGCCCGCCGACCGCCCCCGCUUCGACCUCAUCCACUGCCGCUACCUCGCCGGCUCCAUCAGCUGCUGGCCGCGGCUGAUGCAGCAAUCCUUUUCCGCGACCCUCCCCGGCGGCUGGGCCGAGUUCUCCGACUACGAGAUGCGCUACUACGCCGACGACGGCAGCGUGCCCGCCCAAGGAUCCAACAUGACGCGCCUCGCCGACCUGCUCGUCGAGGGGUGCGAGCGCAUCGGGCGGACCGUGUCGCCGGGCCCGCGGUUGGCGGGGUGGAUGCGCGACGCGGGGUUUGUGGGGGUGAGGGAGAGGCUGUGCAAGUUGCCGGUCGGGGCGUGGGCGCGGGAUCCGGUCUUGAAGAGGGUGGGGGCGUGGAAUUGGGUGCAGACGUUUGAGGGGCUGGAGGCGUUUGUGUUGGCGGUUUUUACGCGCGUGCUGGGGUGGGAGGCGGAUGAGGUGAGGGUGUUCGUGGCCAAGUGUAGGGAGGAUAUGAGGAGGAAGGAUGUGCAUAUGAUUUUGAACUUUUAUGUCGCGUAUGGGCAGAGGCCGGAGGAGGGGGGGAAGGAGGGGGGGAAGGAGGGGGAGGAGGGGGAGGCGGCGGCGUGA